GAAGAAUUGAAAUCAAAUCAAAUAAAACAUGAAUGUAUAUAUCUAUAGAUAUAGAGGAAAUAAGUUGAUGCCUUCAACUGAUUAGUUCAGAGGAUAAUCCAAGAUGCCUAUCACAAAGAUUCCCAUAGUGCACAAGUUUGGCAUCAUCUCCCAGAGUCAAAGAGAUGAACUGCAAGGACGAUUGCUACAACAGAGUGUCUACCAGGUCUCAAAAACUUCACACAUUCCUCAGACAACAAGAAAUCCAUUAGAGCUCACAGAAUCUUUCAUCCAGCAGUUUAACAACCCAUCAAACCUUGACGAAAAAGACAAGAAUGAAGACCUGGCAUUAAAACUACUCACUAGAAUCAAGAGAAGAGCAGGUCUCAAAGAUGGUGGGAGAGGUAGCCAUGUAGACAUCCCGAGGGCAUGGUCAGAGUUGUCCAUGUUGGCACAGUGUCGAGGGAAGGUACAGGAAGAAUGCCUGGAUGCACUGAUCGUUUCUCUGAGACAAGCAGAGUUUUCACUAGAUCACAUACCCAGUCUCUUUUAUUUAGCCGAGACCACCCUUUACUGGCUGAGAACAGAUGCUAUGGAUCAGCCAUUCCUCAGGAUUGGAGAAAUCAAACUACUCAAGAUGGGUCAGGCAGUGUUCUUGAGGUUGUUUUACCAUCAUAUGGCAGGCCACCUGCAGGGAAGGUCGAAAUUCAAGACCAGACUCCUCACAUACUUAUCAGGGUUUGCAGAAAAUGAAGAGGCCUAUAGUCCCUACCCUGGUGCACAUCUGUGUCUGAGAUUGAUAGCUUCCAUCGGCAAGAUGAUCCUAGGUGAGGUGAUGAUGGAUGAACUCAAGAAACAUCCUGAAGAACUUAGAAGAGAUCUUUCUGAUGUCCAAGAACACCCCAAGGAUUAUCUUCCAGAAGCAGAAAUCAAACACACAUAUGCCACAUCAAGCCCACCCAACUCUAUAGCCCACCCGGAUGUCCCCAGGAGCACCCCAGUUAGGGACCCUUCCAAGAUCCCACCCCUCCCCCAACCCAUCAGCCAACCCACCUCUCGCCCAAACACCCACCAGCGAUCCCGACCGAACACCCAGCCCACCCCAGCGCCCAUGCAGCAAGCUCCUCGUCGACCAGAUACGUAUACCAGUAGUAUCCAUGACCUGAGCCCAAGUCUCUGGCAUGCUCUAGAUGUGUGGCGCUGUACGGUUCAUCUCAGUGCUGGUUUCCCUGAAGCAGUCAAAGCUUUAUCACUAUGUGGGACUACACUAGGCUCAGAACAUUGGGUGGAUGCAGUGUGUGCCCUCUUCAUCAUUUCAGAAGCUGCAAAGGGCAAUAUGAAAGUGAUGAAAACACUUCAAAACCUAGCCAAGGGUAUGGUCCCUGAAACCUCCGCUCCAGGAGAUCCUACACGACACACAACACCAGGCAGUAGAGCCAGUCAGGCUCAUCGCUUUGAGAAUCUUGGGGAAGAGGUUGACCUGGAUGGUUUCAGCGAUUCAGAGGGGUCAGAAGAGGGAAGUCAUAUUAGCUCAAAAGGAAGUUUGAGUGACAAUCAAUCAGUUGAGAUCAGACUCACCGAGAUGCUGGACUCAAAGAUGGAGCUACGCAGUGAUUCAAAGUCUAAGAAAUUUAGUCUAGAUUCUGACAUGUCUUUGGGACUGAAGCAACCCAGUAAUCUCAGUAGCAACUCACUUCUCAAGUCAACGAGCCUCAGAAAUACUUCUGUAGCUGUUAACAUUGACAGUCCACAAGACAAGAGAGCAGCCUCUCUUAGUGACCGGAGCACAGCCCUGAAAGGAUCCGGGAGCAGUGUACAGAGCGUCCCUGAUGUCAGCAGCCGUGAAAGCCAACUGGAUUCUGCCGGAGCCCUGCUAGGUAACCAUGUGUACUCCCAGUCCCCAGUGAUGGAGGAAGAUGAGGAUGCAGACAGUGAUCUCAUGCCUGGUGAUGAGAGCGAGGUCGAGAUGAGACGGGUGGAUGUCACCAAGCCCUUUGAUGAUGAAGCCACUAUCCUGCAGGAUGAGGUCUCCGGAGGCCUGAGGAUCAGGAGAGAGGUUAGUUUUGAUAUCGACAUCGUUGGAGAGGAGCUGAUAGAGAAGCGGAUACCGGCUCAGAAGAAGGCACUUCAACAGCAGCACAUACACAGUGAGAAGGCUGUUGGUGUUGGAGCAAAUAAGGUGUCCAAGCAAGCAGGAGAGAAACCUGAAGGAAAGCUGACUCCACUAUUAAGAAGGCUUAAAGCUAAUAUGGUAUCCGAUCUUGAUGGCAUCAACGGCUGGCCCUGGGAGGUGGCCUUUGCCUACACUGACCUCAUGGGUCAUUUAUGUCUCCAUGGCAACACAUCAAACAUUCAGAAAAGAGCAUUGGUUGGAGAUCGUAAGCCAGACUACCGGAGUGCCCCUACCAUGACCUCUAUGAAACUCAGUGGGCUGGAGAGCGCAGGCCUACUGGACAUGGCUGAGUAUGAGAAUCUUCCUGACGAUGACUUAGGUCUCACCGUAGACUGGUCAUGGAGGGUUCGCUAUGCAGCAAUUCUAGCUCUGGUGAAACUCAGUCGAUGUCUGGAAGGGGAUACAACCAAAGAGGGGCUGCGCACAACAGCCUGGAACUUCUUGAUGAUAAGACACAGCAAGGAGAGGGAUGACAGGGUCAUGGAAGCAUUCAGAGUGGGACAGGUUGAUGCCCACCUUGAGAAAGAAAUGCAAAAAUGCCCCUCCAAACAUAGCUUGAAUUCUCGCCUAGCUGCUGGCCUAGCCUCGACCUAUCUACCACCCCUGGCUCCUGUAGCUCAAAGACCCAGGAAACCACAACAUAACAAAGUAGAGCUGCCUAAACCAAUGGAACCCAUCAGGAAAGGACCAAAUAGGCUCUCACUCAGACAAGAGCUUCAGGUGGCAACAGCCUUUCAGGACCAAGAUCCUCAAGUUGGGCUUUAUUCUAGGACCAACAUGGACCUCAAGAGGAUCGUUGAAGACCAGUGGAGGAAGGAGCUACAAGAUCAGUUGGAAGACGAUGAGAAGGAGAAGAGGGAGUACUUGAAAGAACAACAAGCUAAUUUGGAGAUAAGGCAGAGAGAAGUGGCUGAAAUCAAGUCCAGCAAGUUUCUUGGCUCCACAGCACCACGAGUUUAGAUAUGGAUGAGAACAUUGCACACGUCAUCCUCAGUACCAUGCCAUUGUUGUGAAUAAGUCAAAGAGAUUUAACAAUUAAAGGAGAAAGGCCAGCAAGUUCCUUGGUUUUACAACACCACCAGUGGAAUGAUGGAUGAGAAUUUUGUAAAUGUUCUCUCUGUACCACAGCAUCAGUGUAAAAGAGACAAAGAGGUAAAGACAGAGAGGGUUCAGCAGAUUCUGUAGUACUGCAACACCACCAACAUCUUCCUUUGAUAGUACUACAUUAUCAAAUGAGACAAUUUCAACAGAUUUAACAUUGAGAAUAGCCAGCACGUUCCUUGAUACCACAACACUAGUAGUGUAGUGAUAUAUAUAAGAAUAUUGCAAACAUCUUUGCCAGUACAACAACACUGAUGGAAACGAGUCGAAGUGGUGUAACAUAGAGACAGCCGCAAGGUCUUGGGCACCACCACAGUACUGCCAGUGUGAGGCUGAAGGGAACAAUGUCAACAUCUUUCUUUACAAUGUACUUCAAUACCAUGUUGCAUGCAGAUGAGAUGCAACAUCAGGAAUAGCCAGGUAAUGGUGUGAGAAAAAGAGAUUUGGCAUCGAUCAGAGUUAAAGCUGAGUGAGAUUGCACUGGUCACUUUAGAAAAAAGGCAAGCAAGUUCCAUAGCAUUACACCAGUAUCAUUUUAACGACGGUUGGAGGAAAGGGAACAAACUUCUUAGAGCUACUACACAAUCAGUGUCAAAAAUAAGAAGGCAGAAAUUAGGGAAACAAGUUCCUCCACUCUUUGCCAACACAAAUAGAAUCUCAUUAAUAUCUAACCUUACAUGAAUCCUUGCAAUUUUAAAAUGUAUGACUCCCCGAGAAUCCAAUGUAGUAUUGCCUAUACAUUGCUGAUGAGAUCUGACUGAUCUAUAUGGUGACACAAUGUCAAGCCACUUUAUAUGCUCUGCAGGCUACAAGAUGGUGCUGCUUUAAUUUUGUGCCGUCUGGUGUGUUUUGAAGUAUUAAGCAUUUUUAGCAUCCUUGAAAAUGCAAUAAAGCAAAGAAAAUUAUAUUUUUCAAAGCAAGAAUUAAGCUUCAAUUUCAAUUUAGUAUGAAUGGCAGACCUACACAUACAUGUAUGUCUCGAGUUGAUACGAGCUACAGUAUCGUCUUUCCCAUAUUUCAUGUUCAAAGUAUAAUACAUUCCGUCCAAAAUGUUGUUUCAAGUUGUUACCUAUAGAGACCUUCACAAGUGGCUUAAUCUUUCAACUUUUUUCUAAUGAUGCACAUUUUAAAAGACACUAGGGAAACCGAUUUAGUAAUUAACAUAUAUCAGGUUAUAUGUUAUUAUGUUAGAAUUCAUGGAAUGUAGUGCUUUUCUUUCAUUGACUGUGAAUGGCAAGACAUUUGACUGGUUCUGUGUUCAAAAUGAUGAAUUCUGAAUAUCCGUCCAAAGACAACCACCUUGAUUUCUAUAUUCAAUUGUACAAAGAUUUCUAUAUUAAGUUAUAUGAAUUAUAUCAAUGUGUAAAUAAAGAUCAAAAUAAAAUGUAUAUGCCUAUACUCUAUCAGUCUGUAUGAUUGGUGUAUGCUUACAAGUUGAUAUUGAGAUGAGGAAACAUGUUCAUUAAAGGUCACUAAAUUUA